AUGGCACUCUCCUUCCUCUUCCCUAAGCAACCCCUGCAGUCCCCGAAUGUUACCGACGACGGCGCAUGGGUCUUUUUUGGCGGCGCCUUUCGGACUUGGGCAAUCUCCAACAACGACGAUGGGAGUUUCACGUCGCGUCAAAUAUUUGCACACUCCAAUCCACACACCGGGCAUGUACCCCUUCUCACUCUCCUUUCACGACUUUCACUCAUAGAGGUCUCUAGUGCUGGUCGCGGAUCGACGGCUACGCCGCCGUACCAUUGGCACUUGUAUCAGACGGAAACCUUCGACGUCAACAGCGGGAUUCUCUGCUAUCUUCUGGACGGCAAGGAGGGGAAACUCCGAGCUGGCGAGAGCGUCACGAUAGUUCCGGGGCGAUGGCACACGUUCUGGUCCGACCCCGACUCUGGCGUGGAUCUAGACGUGAAUAUCACAGUACGCGGUGGACCAAAUCCUGGUUUCGAUGAGAAGUUCGUCAGAAACUUCUACGGCUAUCUCUCCUCAUGCACAAUGCAAAGUCUUGCGCCAAACCCGAUACAAAUGCUGACCUUUAUGUAUUCUGCCGACGUCGUUCUCGAUAUGCCAUUGGGGCUUGGACGGCCAGCCAAUUAUGUCUUGGGUAAUUGGUUAGGCUGGCUUGGGGGUUUCAAGACCGAAUACACCGCCUUUUCAGAAGAGAAGGCGAAAUAA